UUCACAUUCAGGCCAACCUGGAGGAUGCUCUGGUGCAGGAGGCCCUGAAGACUGGCGUGGAUCUCCGUCAGUACUCCAAGCAGGUGGAGCUGGAGCUGCAGGAGGUGGAGCGCGCCUCCAUCCGCGACUACAUCAAAGAGAGCGAGAACAUCGCGGCGCUGCACAACCAGAUCACGGCGUGCGAUGCCAUCCUGGAGCGCAUGGAGCAGAUGCUGGGCUCCUUCCAGAGCGACCUGAGCAGCAUCAGCUCCGAGAUCCGGACCCUGCAGGAGCAGUCGGUGGCCAUGAACCUGCGGCUCCGCAACCGCCGCCUCGUGCGCCUCCACCUGGGACAGCUCCUCGAGGAGCUCGUGGUGCCCGGCGCCAUGAUCAGCACCAUCCUGGACGCGCCGGUGACGGAGCCGGCCUUCCUGGAGCAGCUGCAGGAACUCAAUGGCAAGAUCAACUCCGUCAAGGAGCAAGCGUUCCGCGACACCGUGGCCUGCGCCGACGUCCAACACGUCCUCGAGAAGCUCAAGAUCAAGGCCGUCACCAAGAUCCGCGAGUUCAUCCUCCAGAAGAUCUACUCCUUCCGCAAGCCCAUGACCAACUACCAGAUCCCACAGAACACGCUCCUCAAGUAUAGGUUCUUCUACCAGUUCCUGGUGGGGCACGAGCGGGCCGUGGCGCAGGAGUUGCGCGAGCAGUACGUGGACACCAUGGGCAAGGUCUACCUGUCCUACUUCAAGUCCUACACCAGCCGCCUCAUGAAGAUCCAGUACGAGGAGGUGGCCGACAAGGACGAUCUCAUGGGCGUGGAGGACACGGCCAAGAAAGGGUUCUUCUCGAAGGCGCCGCUGCGCUGCCGGAACACCGUCUUCACCCUGGGCAACCGCGGCUCCGUCAUCGGCGCCGCCGAGCUCGAGGCGCCCAUCCUGGUCCCGCACGCGGCCCAGAGGAGCGACACCAGGUACCCCUUCGAGGCCCUGUUCCGCUCCCAGCACUUUGCUCUCCUGGACAAUUCCUGCCGGGAAUUCCUUUUCCUCUGCGACUUCUUCCUGGUGACGGGCGCCGGCGCCCAGGAGCUCUUCAACAGCGUCAUGGGCCGCACGCUCGCCAUGUUCCUGAAGCACAUGGACACCUACGUGAGCGCCUGCUACGACGCCAUCGCCGUGUUCCUGUGCAUCCACAUCGUGCUCCGGUUCCGCGCCAUCAUGGCCAAGAGGAACGUGCCGGCCGCGGACAGGUACUGGGAUGCGCUCCUGGAGCUGCUGUGGCCCCGCUUCGAGCUCCUGCUGGAGCUGCACAUCCAGAGCAUCCGCAGCGCCGACCCCCAGCGCCUCGGCGGCCUGGAGACCCGGCCCCACUACAUCACGCGCCGUUACGCCGAGUUCUCCUCCGCCAUCGUCAGCAUCAACCAAACCUUCCCCAACGAGAGGACCCACGCGCUGCUGGGGCAGCUGCAGCUGGAGGUGGAGAACUUCGUCCUCCGCGUUGCCGCCGAGUUCCCGUCGCGCCGCCAGCAGCUCGUCUUCCUCAUCAACAACUACGACAUGAUGCUGGGGGUCCUCAUGGAACGCGCCGUGGAGGAGAGCAAAGAGGUGGAAGGUUUCCAGCAGCUCCUGGCGGCGCGCACCCAGGAGUUCAUCGAGGAGCUCCUGGCCCCCCCCUUUGGGGGCAUGAUCGCCUUCGUGAAGGAGGCCGAGGCCCUGCUGGAGAAGGGGCAAGGGGAGCGGCUGCGUGGGGAGGAAGGCCGCGUGACGCAGGUGGCGCGGGGCUUCGCGGGGGGCUGGCGGGGGGCGGUGGAGGCGCUGAGCAGGGACGUGAUGAGUUCCUGCAGCAACUUCCGAACCGGCACCGGCAUCAUCCAGGGCGCGCUGACGCAGCUCAUCCAGUACUACCACCGCUUCCAGAAGGUUCUGGCCCAGCCCCCGCUGCGCUCCCUGCCCGCCCGCGCCGAGCUCCUCAACCUCCAUCACCUCAUGGUGGAGCUCAAGAAGCACAAACCCAACUUCUGA